UGCUGGGAAGGGGGAUAAUGGCGGCUCGCUGACAUUAAUCGCCCCCAGUGAUGACAAGGAGAUAUAGUGUAUCACUGCAGCCGAGCUCAAUGCCUGCUAAGUUUGCAGGAUUAUCAGAUGUGUCCAUUUCAGGAGAUAUUCCUGUGGAGGGGGAGAUCACUGUGCCUAUUGCCUCUCAGUCACAAGAAGAUGAUUUUUCUACACUUGAUGAACCCGUUAGAGACACCAUUAUGCGGGACUUGAAAGCUGUUGGGAAAAAGUUUUUUCAUGUUAUGUAUCCUAAAAAGAGCACAGCACUUCUCAGAGACUGGGAUUUAUGGGGCCCUCUUGUGCUCUGUGUCACACUUGCAUUAAUGCUUCAGGGUGGCUACGCUAACAGCAAAGAUGACGGAGGACCCCAAUUUGCUGAAGUAUUUGUAAUUAUCUGGUUUGGGGCUGUGGUCAUCACAUUGAACUCCAAACUUCUUGGUGGAACGAUCUCUUUCUUCCAAAGCUUGUGUGUGCUGGGCUACUGCAUCCUGCCUCUCACUGUGGCGAUGUUGUUGUGCCGCCUCCUGCUGUUGGCGAGUAUAAAUCUGACUACAUUAAUCCUGCGACUGGUCAUUGUGGCUGCAAUGUUUGCCUGGUCUACUUUUGCCUCCACGGCCUUUCUAGCGGACAGUCAGCCGCCUAACCGCAGAGCCUUGGCAGUCUAUCCCAUAUUUCUCUUCUACUUUGUCAUCAGUUGGAUGAUCCUGACCUUCAGCCCCUCAUCAUCUCCUUAGCCCUGCAAUGGGCUCACUUUGUUUGAUUACAAAAGGACACGUGUAAGCUUAUAAGAUGGGAAUCUCUGAGCGGUUUGGAGGAUCACGUGACACCUGUGUCUAAAUGACCAGAAACCCAAAAGGAAGUUUAAAUGCAAACAAAUGCUGUGUAUUUUAUUUUGUGUAUAUAGCUUGCACUAAGUACAAAUAUAUAUGUAUAUAUAUAUAUGUAUGUGUGUGUAUUUUCUCUCUUCCUCCUAGACUGAAUCUCUAGUACUCUAGGUGGUGGUAAGCCCGUUGUCGAUUAAUGUUCCAGUUCUGCUAGUGUACUCCUUCAGUACUGGAAGUUUACAAAAGAGAUGUCAUGUAAAACUGCAUUUCACUACUGAACAUAACAGCCUGAUUUAUACUUGCUUUGUUACUUUGUGUCUUAAACACAUUUCUGUGGCCAAAGGUGGUCAAACAAUAGGGAUGUAAUUCAAAGUUAUGCAUAUAAAUGGUUGGGUUGUUUUUUUUUGUUUUUUUGUAUAAGCAAUACAACUUCUUAUAAUCAGUGGUAAUAAUUGUUGUGCACUCAAUAUAAAAACAGGAGAGAAUACAGACAAGAGCAAAAGAUUACACAUCAGAAGAUGUGCAAACAGACCUUCUGCGCAACAACGUAAUUAUAUGUGGAGAUAAAACAAUUGCCUUUAAACUUAACUGCCAAGUCUGCGGCUUGUUCACCCUGUACUUUAUAUCUGAUACACCAAUGUUGCAUUGCUUAGCUUUUAAAUAAAUUUCUUCCUUAUCAGACAACUUAUCGGUUCAAAAGUGCAGUUGUAAGAUGGAUAUCUAUGUUGUAGACACUUUGUUAGUCAUUAAAGAAGGAUGUUGGGGGUAAAGCUAGUUUACAAAGGGAGGCCUUCCUAUUUAAAAAAUAAACUCCACGGUGUGCAUCAAACUAUGGUUGGUUCUAAAUCGGAGUGGGAGAAGGGACCUUCUGACGUCACUAGGGGAGGAGACACGUCACCAGGGGGAGGGGCUACGGCCGAACAGGGUACCCGAAAAGUACCCUCGCGGGCUCGCUUCGCCCGCCACGCUUUGACUAUUCAAACACUACUGUGCAUCUUUCUUUCCUAGGGUGUUAGUGCAUUUGGAGGGGUCAGCUGUGAAUUUCUUUAAAUACAUGAUUUGUUUUAAAUAAAAGGUUUAAAUGCAAUAUAUAUUUUUAAUUUAUUAAACUUUUUUUAAAUAUUAUAAA